CACACACACACACACACACACACACACACUCAGGCUCUGAAGUUCAAAGAUCAUUCAGAGAUCAGUGUGAGUGUGAGGUGGGAGCUGCUGGUGUGUGAAAUCUGACCGUGUUGCAGAGGGAAAAGUUUUGCAGGCUGCAGUCACACUGAAACCCAAGUUAAAGAUGUCUUCCACAGAUUCAGGAUGUUGCAGUAAACUCCGUUCCUGCCCCAAACCACAAGGCUUUCUUGCCUCCAUCAUCACAAAAGUUCUGCUUGCUGUGCUGCUGUUCGGUGUGUGUUGGGCGGUGUUGCAGGAGGAGUGUGAACCAGGACACAACAUAUUCGGUUUGGUGAUUCUGUUCCUGAGCGCAGUGUGUGGAGGGAAACUGGUGGGAGCAGUUACACUGCCAAACCUGCCCCCUAUACCCCCACUGCUGGGCAUGCUGUUGAUGGGUCUGGUGCUGCGUAAUGUCCCAUACGUAAACGACGCUGUGUUUAUUGAUCAAAAAUGGUCUUCAUCACUGCGCAGCAUUGCACUGGCCAUCAUCCUCACUCGAGCUGGACUUGGCCUGGACCCUGCUGUGCGCUCUGAAAAGCUAAAGGCGGUGUGUGUGAGGGUGGCUGUAAUUCCCUGCACUGUUGAAGCCUGUACUGUUGCUGUGAUGUCUCACUUCCUCUUAGGCCUGCCUUGGAUUUGGGGCUUUAUACUAGGGUUUGUGUUAUCAGCCGUCUCACCUGCAGUUGUCGUUCCCUCGAUGCUGCUCCUGCAGGCUGAUGGUUUCGGGGUUCAGAAGGGAAUCCCGUCACUCCUCAUGGCAUCGGGAAGCUUUGACGACAUCCUCGCUAUUACCGGAUUCACUACCUGCCUGGGGAUUGGGUUUGGCACAGGUUCGACAUGGCUCAGUUUGGCAAAGGGACUGUUGGAGGUGGUGGUUGGAAUUUUGGCAGGAGGGUUUUUGGGUGUUCUUAUCCAUUUCUUCCCUAGUGAAGACCAGACUGAUCUGGUGUUACGGCGCUCCUGCAUGUUGUUGGGUUUGUCAGUGUUCUGUGUGUUUGUGAGUCACGUGGCGGGACUGGGUGGGGCCGGGGGGCUCAGCACACUCGUCCUCUCGUUCAUCGCCGGAAUGAGCUGGAGCAAAAAAAAGGCCCCAGUUGCUGCUGUUGUUGGGAGGUUUUGGGACAUUUUUCAGCCGCUUCUGUUUGGACUGAUUGGAGCUGAAAUUACUGUUUCUACACUCAGUGCGAACACUGUGGGUUAGUGUGUGUAAUGUUCUACUGUAUCACAUCUGUAAACUGCUGUGUGUGUGACGUUCACCGUUGUUCUGUUUGCUGGUUUCAAUCUAAAGGAGAAAAUCUUCAUCUCUCUUGCUUGGUUACCUAAAGCUACAGUGCAGGCAGCUAUAGGUUCCACAGCGCUGGACAUGGCACGUAGCCAAGGAGACGCGCAGCUGGAGCGUUAUGGGAUGGAUGUGCUGACGGUGGCGGUGUUAGCCAUUAUGUUUACAGCUCCCAUUGGUGCACUCGCGAUCGGAUUAGCAGGACCCAAACUGCUGCAGAAAUACACUGAGAUAGAGGAGACAAACACACAAGAAAAAGCCGGAGAAGUUUCGCCUCCAGAACUCAAACACACACCUCAGGCUGUGGAGAGCAAACUAUAAACACACACAUACACACAGGAACACACAUAUUUUAAUUCCCCAACUACAUUAAACACUCCAUGUUUCUGCUUUUGCAUUGUUUUAACAUUAGUCUGUCCUUUAGUCGUAUUUAUAUUUAAAAAUUACGUCUCUUUUUAUUUCUAUGGAUUGAAAAGCGAGAAAAAUAAAAAUCGGUGUGAAAAAAUGUUGUUGUAUCUUAUUUUAAUAUAUUUGACUAUUUUCUGUUCGGUAGUGGAGCAUAAUGGAGGACAGGAAGUAACGACCAAAUAUGUAAAGCAGGAAGCAGUUGUUCAACUGAUGAUUAAAAUAGAAUUAACAUUUUAAUUUCUACAAAAAAAAAAAAACAUGUAUUAAAGAAACUUGAAAAGCAGUAGAUGUGUGUAAUAAUGUGUGUGUGUGUGUGUGUGUGUGUAAUAACUGCCUCAGUCGUAACCCUGAGCUAAACACACACUCCUGAGUGAAGCUUCUGGUGUCAGUCUGAUGAGGAUUUUCUUUUGUUCCUUCCCCAUAAACACACAUUCAGUCUUCAUCUUCUACCUUCAUGUACUGAAAGCGGCUCUGAAUCACGUUCCUGCUCCGUCACAUCUACAAUACCGCAGUACUUUACAGGAAUCACCCAAAAGUUCAGAUUCCUGCAUUUUACUGAAAUUCCUACAUGUUACUGUCGCUACUGAAAUGAUUUUAUUAUUAAACACUUCAAUAUUAAUAACUGCACAUUGCUUAUUACUUCACUUCACAUCGUCUCACAGCAGGUUGUUUUUCUACUUCGCGAUUCUGCAGGUAACAGUAGCGAGUUUAGAUUUUAGCCAACAAGCGAAACGCAAAUUCUUAAAAAAAAAAAAGAAAAAUCAACUUCCUGUAAGACAGCAGUAAUCACACAACAGUCACUGCACAACAAUAAAACGUGGACCAACGUGAAUAAUGAACAGGUUUUUGCAGAUAAUCAGUAGUUUAUUGAAAUUUGAAAACACAUUCAGACGGAACCUGCUGAAGCCAACGGGAGUUCGACCCCCGACCCCGAGCGGAAAUACAGCCUGGAGGAGGAAACGAAGCGAAAAA